AUGCUUUCGAGUCGCGUGUCACUGGCAGUUCGAUCUGCGGCCUUUGGCCAGUCUCGGCGAGGUCUCGCUACCGCUGCGGCUGUCACGUCUGCUAGCCGAAGUCACAAGGUCGUCGUUAUUGGAGGAGGCUCUGCUGGUCUCGCCAUCAGCCAUCAGUUGCUCCGGAGCGGCAAAUUCGCCAGUGAGGAUAUCGCUGUUGUUGACCCUGCUCAGUGGCACCAUUAUCAGCCUGGAUGGACACUCGUCGGUGCUGGACUCAAGACCAAGGAGGAGCUGAAGAUGUCCAUGCCUGAGCUCAUCGACCCCAAGCUCAAGUUCUACAAUGUCAGCGUUGAUGCCCUCACCCCUGAGGACAACAGCAUCACUCUUGGAACUGGCGACAAGGUCAACUAUGAGCACCUCGUUGUUGCGCCCGGUAUCAAGAUCAAUUACGACAGCAUCAAGGGCCUCCCUGAAGCUCUCGCCGAGCGCAACGGCCCUGUCUCUUCCAUUUACGGCUACGACUACUGCGACAAGGUCUUCCCCAACAUUCAGCGCCUCCAGAAGGGUAAUGCCAUCUUCACUCAGCCCGCCGGUGUCAUCAAGUGCGCCGGUGCUCCCCAAAAGUCCAUGUGGCUUGCCCUCGACCACUGGAAGCAGACUGGUCUCUAUGACCCCAAGAACCCCUCCGGCUCUCCUAUCAAGAUCACUUUCGCCACCGGCCUCCCCGUCAUGUUCGGUGUUCCCAAGUACAGCGCCGAGCUUGAGAAGCUGCGACAAGAGCGUGGUGUCGAGGGUCUUUUCCAGCAUGAUCUUGUUGCUAUUGAGGGCAACAACGCUGUCUUUGCCAAUGGCCAGGACAAGGUUACCAAGCCGUUUGACUUCCUGCACGUCGUUCCCAAGAUGGGACCUCAUGCUUUCGUCAAGAAGAGCGCUCUUGCCAACGAGGCUGGCUACGUUGACGUCAACGACAACACCCUCCGCCACAACAAGUUCGCCAACGUCUGGUCUGCAGGUGAUGCUUCGAGCCUUCCUACCUCCAAGACCGCCGCCGCCGUGACCUCUGAGGCGCCUGUUCUCGUCAGCAACCUCCUCCGCGCUAUCGAUGGCCAAGAGCCCGAGCCUGCCUAUGACGGCUACACCUCAUGCCCUCUCCUCACAGAAUACGGCAAGGUGAUGCUCGCCGAGUUUAAGUAUGGUGGCGUUCCCAAAGAGACUUUCGGAGAUAUUCUCGGCAUUGACCAAGCCGUUCCCCGCCGCUCGUUCUACCACUUGAAGAAGGACUUCUUCCCCUGGGUUUACAAGAACUACAUGGUCAAGGGAACAUGGGGAGGACCUAAGGGCUGGAUUAAAUAG